GCAUCCUCGACGCCGCAAGGCAGCAGAAGCUUUUUGAGGACCAGAACGAGGACUGGAAGACCACCACUUUUGAACAUCCAAGAGGUCGCUCGGCACUCCGACUUGCUUGUGAAGCUGAUCAUUCGAAGUGCUUCCAACACCUCUUGGAGGCAAUGGAGGAGGAGAAGAAGAGCGCUGGCGGAUUCCCGGACUACUGGAAGUCAAAAAAGAGCAAAGAGAAUCAACAAGCCUUGGUGGACUAUGCAUUCGAGCAACGACCAAGCAUUGCAUCUUUGCUUUUGGAGCACUAUCACGACAUGGCUGUUGUACGCGAGCUGCUGAAAGGCCGAGAAACUCGCUGGAGCUGUGGCAAACUUUCUUGUCUGUGGUAG